CCAACCAGCUCAGUUGCAGACAGCUGUGGUAGGACAAAGCAUCUCUCCCGUGUGAGGCUCUGCAACAUACUGAUAAACAGGACAGCGAGUUUCAAUAGCUUUUACUGGGAAAUACAUUAAAGUAGCAGAGAUGGCAACAAUGUUCAGAUACCCCGUCUUUCCUCAUCUGCAGGAUCCGUGUGACCCUGGUCUGUCGCUGUCACCAGGGAGGAGUGUCAUGGCGGAGCCCGACUAUCUGGAUGGAGACUGUGAUGAGCUCAUCAAACCCAAGAAGCUGAUCAACCCGGUCAAGAACUCCCGUAACCACCAAGACCUGCACCGAGAGCUGCUCAUGAACCAGAAGAGGGGUCUGGCACCUCAGAACAAACCAGAGCUCCAGAAGGUUCUGGAGAAGAGAAAGAGGGAGCAAGUUCUCAAGGCUCAGAAGGAGGAGCAGGAAGCCCACAAGAAGAGGAGCGACCUGGAAGUAGAGCUCAUGAAAAGACAACAGAAACUAGAGCAGUUGGAACUGGAGCAACAGAAAAUUGAUGAGGAACAGGAAAACACCCCCGAGUUUGUGAAGAUGAAGAGCAACCUGCGCAGGACCAAGCAGGAGACCGAUGGGGAGGAAAGGACCACCUAAAAACCAGCAGGGGUGUCUAUGUCUGGCUGAUUGUGCGCGUGUUUGUGGGCACGGAGACGUCAGGAGUGUGUGUACAAAAGAGAGAGAGUGUUGUCUUUGGUGCAUGGUGGUGAACUUCCUGGCUUUCCCAACAUAGCUGUUCCUUUACCGCAGUGAGGAGAGAGACUUUACAGACUAAAGACCCCCCUCUGUCUGCCUGCCACGGACCGCCAGUACUCACCUCUGCUCACCUCUGCUCCUCGCACCCAUGCAGCAGCACACAGCACCCCCUGCAGGAGGGACCUAACACAGACAUGUUACAUGUUCAACGCCUUUCAAAGAGGGCGAGCAAGCUUCCAAUGAGCUCUGAUGGAGAAAACAACCAAACACACACACACACAGGAGUUUUCAUCCCCUCCGUUUUCACUCCUCUCUCCACAGCAAGCUGUCGUUUCUCUUUACUGUUAUCAAUGUUGUUAUCGUUGUUGUUGUUUUUUUGUUCUCAUCUUCAGAAUCAAAUAAGGAAAAGUGGACACUGGAUGGACUCUUGAAGCUGUGUAAUGUAAAAGCCAAACAAAUGUGCUUUUGUUAUUUAUGUUUGUAGCUUUUAGCCCAGGUAUAGGGGAGGACACUUUUUAGUCGUUCUUGUAUUUUAGUUUGUUUUACAGCAUAGUUUUUGAAGCCAGAACAGGACAAAGGGAGUGUAUGGUUGUGUGAAACACUCAACGUUUGCUUUUUUUUUCAUUUUUUUUUUAAUUCCAAACAUGCCAUUUCCUCAGCUAAUGCAAUUUUGAGCAAUAGUAGAACUCCCAGGCAUGAGAGUGACCUUUUCUUUAUAUAUUCUGUUGUUUUGUAUGAAUAAAAGUGUUACUUAAUAAAUAAAUAAUUUAAGUUUUUGUUAGGGUGGUCAAUAACGAUAAGCCUUGAGCCCUGUCUGAUCAGUCUUUGUGUGUUUUUAUGAACAAAGGAAAGUAUACACGUCAGCCACCUGUCACAAAACGAUACAACUGAUCACUGCAGUAUUUUGUCUUUAUUUACAAAGGAGCCAUCCAUGUGCAGACAGAUAAUUUAUAUAAGUGAAUCUGAAUUAAAAUGGCUGUUAUCUGCAGUUUAUCCAGCCAAAGUACCCGUUAACAUAACUUUCCAAAAUGGUUACACAAUUUGAGAAACUAUGCUAACUUUGGCUGUUAAAGUGCACAUGUACUGGUUAUUUAUAUGCCACAUAACAUUUUGGGUCUAAAAGUUUGAUCUAUGGGUCUCCAAGAGAUGAUAGCUAUUAUUGUGAUGGGAAGAAACACAUUUCUAACAGAAUAACCCUGUGUUCUCCAGAAUCUUCUUUUAAAUAAACAUAAUUUUAACACGUUC